AUGCAGCCUCAGUGCGAGGCCGAGUUCGACGAGAUGGUAAACACUUUGCUCAAGGAGGGACGGAAACGCGCCCUCAUUGGUAGUAUAGCUGUGGGCGCCAGCAACAUGUUAAGACUGGCUGCGUUCACCCUUCUCUUCUACUACGGUGCGACGUUGAUGGAUAGGGAAGGCCUGGACGGCGUAGCCAUGAUCCGAGGGUGCAUGUCCUUCUUGCUGGCAGGCCUGCAGGUGGGCAGAAGUCUGGCUGGUAAUGUGCCUUUUUCUCUGGGCAAGAAUGCAGCUCGGAACGUUUGGAGCAUUGUUGACAGACGCCCGCUGAUUGACGAAGACAAUUCAGUGGGCCCCACACCGGAAGCCAUUGAAGAAGUCAAGUUCAGCAAUGUCGCCUUCAAGUACCCAACGAGACCCAACCUCCCGAUCUACAGAGACAUCAGCUUCAGCGUUCCCCGAGGCAAGAGCGUGGCACUCGUGGGUGCUUCGGGCUGCGGCAAGUCUACUGCGGUGCAGCUGGUCGAGAGAUUUUACGACGUCUUUACUAAAGAAGGCCAGUCGUUCGGCAAGAUCACAAUCAACGGUGUCGACAUACGUGACUACUACGUCAAGGGGCUCAGAUCCAGAAUCGGUCUAGUAUCGCAGGAGCCGAGCCUGUUCAGUGGGUCGGUCCGCGACAACAUUUUGUACGGCAACCCGGAAGCUUCGGAGGAGGACAUUAUUGAAGCGUGCCGCCAGGCGAACGCCUGGGGCUUCGUCCAAGACAUGCCUGAAGGACUCGACACGGAGGUCGGCCGCGGCGGCUCGAGGCUUUCUGGAGGACAGAAGCAGCGAAUAGCCAUUGCCAGGGCUCUCGUCAAGAAGCCGGAGCUGCUUAUUUUGGACGAGGCGACCUCUGCUCUGGAUGCCGCCAGCGAAAAAGUGGUUCAGGAAGCUCUCAACAAGCUGCUUGCCACAAAGAAGUUCAACGCCCUCGUCAUCGCCCACAGAUUAAGCACCAUCCGCGACUGUGACUACAUCGUGGUGUUCGUGAACCACAACACUCGUGGCUCUCAAAUAGCAGAAGUCGGCAACCAUCAACAACUAAUGGCAAUCAAGGACGGAGUAUACAGCAAGCUGGUUCGAAUCGCGGAAGGCGCAGGCCACUAG